UUCACCAUCGACGCACCGGUUUUAAGUUCCAACUCGUCCCCAACAACCACCGAAGGGACGCCGGUCGGCCGACCUCCGUCUCCUCCCGAUUCUCUCCUCGACCUUUUCUGAGUAUUCCGGCGGGAUUCCCUCCCUAUAUCACCUUCCAUUUCCUCUCUCUCUCUCUGUGGUCUGUUGACUUUUGACUGGUCGUCUGCUUCCCGGCCGCAUCGGAAACAUGGAUGGGUCCCCAUUCUACUUGCUCCCGCAGGACACUCUUCAUCAGAUCUUUUCAUCUCUCCCCCUCCGUCAGAUCAUGGUCUGUCGAUUGGUCUGCAAGUUCUUCAACCAGCUGUUGACUUCCUCGUGCUUCGUCGAUAUCAUCUCCGCCAAAUCGCCUCUCAACCUCCUCGCUCUCCGACCUCCUCACCACCACCAUCACCACCACCACCACCACCACCAUCACAAUCAAAGUCGUCUCUCCCUCCACGCAUAUGAUCCCGACACGAACCAAUGGCUCAGAUUCAAUCUAGAUUUUCUCCCCUUCAGGUCGCUCCACCCGGUCGCGUCCUCCAGGGGACUCGUCUACCUCUGGGGCGAAUCAUCUUCCUCGUCCGAUUCGAGUAAGUCGCUCGUUGUCUCUAACCCUUUAACUCGUCAAUUCAAGGUGCUGCCGCAGCUCGGUUCGGCCUGGUCGCGACACGGCUCCGUUCUGGUUGACUCUGUGAACCGCGUCAUGGUGCUUACCGAACUCGCUGCUCUAUACUUCUCCGGUACAAUCGCGAACCAGUGGCUCAAGUUUUCCUCAAAUUUGCCAUCGAAACCUAGAAGCCCGAUAUUGAUAUCGAACUCUGUGUUUGCUUUGUGCGAUAUUGGGUCCCCGUGGAGGAGUCAGUGGAAGCUGUUUUUAUGCAAGCUAACGAACCUGACGAACUCACACAAUAACUGGAUUUGCUUAGAGAGACAUGAAUGGGGAGACAUAUUUGACAUUCUAAAACGACCUCGCUUGGUGCGGGGAAACGGAGACAGUAAGAUAUUGAUGAUUGGGGGCCUUAAGUCAACCUUCUCUUUGAACCCUUCGUGUUCGACCAUACUGAUACUGAGGCUGGAUUUGGAGAGCUUGGAGUGGGAGGAGGCAGGAAGAAUGCCCGUGGAGAUGUACAGGUGUUUUCAGGAAUCUAGCAAGUUCAAGGUGUUCGGGGGAGGGGAUAGGGUGUGUUUUUCGGCUAAGAGGAUGGGGAAGCUAGCAUUGUGGGAUCGUCUAAAGGGCUGGAGAUGGAUUGAUGGGAUGCCAGGAAAUGGGGAUGGCCUUUCUCGUGGUUUCGUGUUUGAGGCCCGGCUCGCGACGGUGGCUUGAUUGGUUGGUCACAAGAACACUAUGUUUUCCUCUUUAAUUCGGUUGAGUGGAGGUACUCUGUUAAACUUCACUUUUCAUUUGGCUGGAUUUAACAUUUCAAGUGUGCACGAGAUUGAUGAAUAAGACCUAAGAUGCGGGGAGAAGGCUGUCUGGAAUUGGAAUACAUGGCUAUGCACUGUCGUCUUGUUCAUCCAUCUUUCUACGCCAACUUGGUGGGUUACGGUCCGAUGAAAUUCUGCUUUCAGAUUUUGACUCUCCCUUGUCAUUCUUCAUUGUGCUUCUUCGAAUUGUUGAAUUAGUUGACUGAAUUAGAUAAAGGUAUAAUUCAUCCUCUUCAUUCACGAUUGCAAUCUAACGAGCAAGGUGGUCAGUGCACGUCUUAACUUCUUUGAAGUUAUGAGAAAAGUGGACUACCCUUAGUGGUCCAAAGCCGAUUCGAUUGUGGGCUGGUAUUUUAAGUUGUGGUAAAUAUAAACGAAUCUAAUAUGAUUAUGUAA